AUGCCUCGCAUGUCAAGCGAAUCGGCCGAACGCCCGUUUGAGCACUGGUACAGAGGCGAUGUGGCGCGCAACGGAGGCGUCGGCGAAAUGCGCGUCGCGAGACGCGCCGAGAUGUUGCGUAUCGCCAACUACGGCCAUGCGCUCCGUCAGAAUAUGAACGCGCGCCCUGGUACGGGUGCGUCGGCGAACACGACGGGCUUUGCAGCUGGACGCGGGAGGGAAAGCACCGAUGCAAAUGGAUCGACAAAGUCGAAGCGGGCACGGAGAAGAGCGGACAGCGUCGCGGGCAUCGGAGAGCGGGAGAGUUUCUACCUCGACGAGCAGCGCGCAAAGGAAGCCGAACGCGUUAUGGACGAGCCACCGCCGAAACUCACGCGCUCGCCCACGUCGUCGUCCUCUGUCACCGCUACCGCAUCUACCGGCACCACCAUGGGGCGUUCGCCUGCGUCCUCGACCACCACCGCGUCGCCCCAGAACAGCGCCAACAACAACGCGCGCCAGCGCACCGCGUCGCGCACGGGGCGUACGACGCCGACGUCUGCGCAGUCACUUAAUAACGGACGCACAACGCCGACAUCCGCGCUCAACAACGGACGUACGACACCGACGUCCGCACACUCGCUCGCGUCGCCCGGUGGCGCGCAGCAGAAACGCUCGCGCAGCCCCGGCGCGGGCCCCGCGCUGCACGCUGCGGUGCCCAACACGCCGAAGAAGGCCAAGCCGAGUCCGAUGAUCAACACGAGCGGCAGUGGCAGUGGCGCGCGCACGCCCGGCCGUGUGCCGGGGACGCCGACGUCUGCGCGCGUGAUCAAUAGUAGCAAGGAUAGGGAGGUGCGCGGGAGCGUUGCGGAGUAUCCGAAGCCGGAUGGGGAGGCGGAUAUGUCGGAUGCGAUUCCGACGUGGACGCAGCCUGUGCCCAGGGGGGGUAAUUGGGAUGAGGUCGUGUUGCCUGUGGUUGCGCGCAAGAAGGGGAUGGAUGAUCAUUAUGAGCAGGCGGAUGGGAGUCCGCGUGCGUUGCCGGCGGGGAGUAUACCUGUUGAGCCGGUG